AUGUUCGACAAAACGCUUUCCGCAUGCUUUACACUCUGGCUCUUAUGCAGUGCAAAGCUAGCUCCGGCCUUAGCCGCCACUACAACGGCCAGCAGUGCCAACGCCACCGAUUUAAUGCAUUUGCUGUUGGCACACAUACUGGCCGAGGCGGAUGCAACAAGGAAUUUUGUGAUUGCACCACAGGAAAUGCUGGAAUUGUACCUGCAACUGCAUGGCACGGACAAAGAAAUCGCCACUGCAGCCGCCACACAGCACGGUGCCACAAGCAAUGAUGUCACCAGCGCCAAUGACAGCGGCAUGCAGGAGUUCGAAGAGUUCUUCCACAUCACAGGCAGUCCGAUUCUGGUGAACAACACGCUAUAUGCCGAUGUCUACAAUGCACAAAGGUUCACACGGAAAUUGAAAAAUCUGCAAUUUGUGCUGCACGACGAGAGUGACGAAGAGGAGAGCGAGGAGCAUAACAAAAGCUCGGACAACACCAGCAUUGAAGAUGGCGGCGACAAAGGCCGCAAAAUCGAUAAUAAUGAUGCGGCACUGGCAAGUAACAGCCAGACGCCUAACAGCAGUAACAAGCACAACAAAAACAAGCACAAUAGUAACAACAACAGAGACCUAGAGAGCAGCAAACGCAACGAACUAAUCAAUGUAGUGCGCAUAAAUUCACGCUGGGCGCACAACUUCCAAAAGCGCGACACACACAAGCGCCAAUUCUACAUGCCACAAACGCACACACACGCCUACCUAAACGCCAUGCGCAAAGACGACAUCUUCCUUUAUGGCGAAUUGCCGCAAUUGAAUGCCAGCGCCUUGGAGCUGUCCUUGCAGCGGCAGCAAUUGAAAAUGCUCAUCAUAUUGCCGCAAGCAAAGCAUGGCUUGCCACAACUGCUGCGGCGUCUAAGUGCCAAUGUGACAUUGCUCGAUGACUUGUGUGGCCUGCCAGGCGACACGGAGGACUCAGGCGAUGCGCAGCAGCAGCAGCAACAGCGGGCGGCUACAACAGGCGCUGCAGACCACCUACGCGGCCGUUUGGAGUCGACUUUGGUGCGCGUUUUCUUGCCACAAUUUAAAUUCUCACAACGCACUAACUUGGACGGCGCUUUUAAGCAGCUACUAAAUGCCACAGCAAAUGUGGAUCUACAUUGGCCCAGCGCCUGGCAGGUGACACAGGAGGCACAUUUCGCCGUUAGUGAGGACGGCAUCGGUGAGCUGGAGGAAUCGAUGGUAUUGUUCUGGAACGCCUUUUCGUCGUUGCGCUCUAAGCCAUUGAUGUUCUGUGUCGAUCAUCCGUUCUUCUUCAUCGUAUACAAUCGCAGGGGCAUACAGUUGUUGGGACAUUUGGCACAACUGCACGAAUGA